ACCCAAGUAGAAGGUGACAAGAAGAAGAAAAAGACAGCAAAUACACCUGAAACUGCCCAACAUUAUCCACAUGAAGCCUUUUGGAAUCCUUUCGAAAAGCAAACAUUCGGAUGCGAAAAUCCACUUGUCACUGCCUUAUCUGUAUGGAUUGCAGAAAAUGUGAGAACAAUAAUUUUGAACUUGGACAAUUUUGCUGCUCCACAAAACAAUCAAUCACACUUUUUGAAUGAGGGAUUGGAACAAUUUAUCAGAAAAUCAUUCAAAUAUGAUAUUCAAUUUAUUUUCAGUGCUGGAGCAGAUGCCUCUCCAAAUAUGAAGAUUUACAAGAGAUCAAUCAUGUCAUUAUUUGAAAAUUGCCCAAUCUUGUCUAAGGUUGAAGCAUUCAGCAAGUCUUUCCGUGACUUUUUACAAAGACCAUUACAACCACUCAUUGAUAACUUGGAAAGUCAAACUUAUGAAGUUUUCGAACGUGAUCCAAUCAAAUAUCUUCUCUAUGAACAAGCUGCUGAAAAGGCUCUUGUUGAUUUGUAUGAAGCUAAGAAGGCCAAACUUGCCAACGACCCAGAAGCCCUCAAGAAUAUGCGUGUCAUUUCCAUGGUUUUGGGUGCUGGUAGAGGUCCAAUUGUUAAGGCAGUUUUAAGAGCUGCCAGAACAGUGAAUGUUCCAGUGCUGGUUUAUGCUGUAGAGAAGAAUCCAAAUGCUCUCAGUCAUUUACUCUACUAUAGAAAGACUAUUUGGAGUACAUUUACUCAUGUCAAUGGUCGUGAUAACUUGGAUGUUCCAAUAGUGGAAGUCAUUCAAAAAGAUAUGCGUGUGUGGAAUCCACCUGAAAAAGCAGAUUUAUUAGUUUCUGAAUUGUUGGGAUCUUUUGGUGAUAAUGAACUGAGUCCAGAAUGUUUAGAUGGUGCUCAACGUCUCUUAAAGGACAAUGGAGAAGGUAUUUCAAUUCCAGCCAAAUACACCUCCUAUGCAAGCCCAUUGUGUAGUUAUAAGGUCUGGACUGAGGUUAAGAACCUUUGUAAAUCUACAACCUUUGAACAUGCUGCUUUUGAAACUGGUUAUGUAUGUUUAGUCCAUCGUGGUGUUCCACUAGAUAAGCCACAAAGAUGUUUCACUUUUGUCCACCCAAAUCCUCAAGUCACAGAAGAUCUUAAGGAAAAGGAAAUACUUCGUGACCAUGAAGAUGAUAGCUCGACUCUUCAUGUUCCACUCAUUAAUAAUGACAGAUACGUCUCCCUUAAAUUCAAAUCACAACAAAAUGCUGUUGUCCAUGGUUUGAUUGGUUACUUUGAUUGCCAAUUAUAUAAGGAUGUUUGGAUGAGUAUUCUGCCAGAUACUUUCUCAACUGGUAUGUUCAGUUGGUUCCCAAUAUUCUUCCCAAUUGAAAACCCAGUUGCUGUCAAGAAGGGUGAAGAAAUUGGUGUUCAAAUCUGGAGAAAUUGUGAUAUGGACAUUGGCAGAAAAGUCUGGUAUGAAUGGUGUGUCACAACAAAUGGCACAUGUUCAAAGCUCCACAAUAGUCAAGGCAAACACUAUUACAUUUCCCUCUAAAUUAUUAACUUCCUUCCCUCCUAAACAAUCACACACUCCCCAAAUUUUUCUUUCCCUUUUCUUCUCAUUUCAAUAAAUCUAAAGAGUUUCAUUUAAU